GAGCCCCACCCCUCGGUGCUACCAGCUCUCCAUGCACCCUUGCCUGGGCGAAGGUGCUUCUUGAGGGGAGGCGGUGUCGGCGACGUCACAGCAGCAGCAGCAGCAGCAGCAGCAGCUGGUGCAGCAGCGACGAACAGAUCCCAGUGGCUGGAAGGAGAGGGAUUGACCCCGAUCGCAGGCAAGGGCUAGUAGGAGGUGGCGGGGAAGGCUCGCGCUCUGGCUGGGUAGCCGCACCGCCAGGAGCAUGAUCCCGCCUUCCGCGUGUGCACCUUGGAGCUGUAAAAGAGCCCAACCUGGGCGGGCAGGAGCGAGCAACUAAUCCACCCUGAUUUGAUUCACAGGCUCAGCCCAAGGCCCCGCUCGCUGCUGUCCCAGAAGCGUCUGCGAAGAAGAAGAAAAAGGAGAGCGCUUUCGAUUAUUAUUAUUUUCUAGUCAAGAACGAACAACUCCGCUCAAGCUUUGGAGCGGAUCGGAGGGGGAUUCCCCCGCUCUCCUUCCCUGCCAGCUGAAAAUCCACAAGCGAAGCCGACCCACCCUCGCCUCCCAAAUUCCGAACGCCGCCUUUGCUCUUCCUCGCCCCCUCCCCACACGAAGUUUCCUUCCUUGCGUGGGCUGAGGAGGGGGUCUCCUCCGUUUCCACCCCCGCUCUUCCGACCUCCGUCUUCAGCUGGUGAAUGUUGCAGACCCCCCCCGGAGCCUGCGAGGCGAGAGAGGACACCUUGGUUCUGGGAGAAUCUUGAGGGUCAUCAUGGGAAACCAUGUUGGAAAACGAGAGCAGAGUACUGAGAAGGGAAAGAACACUGAGGCAAAAGUGGAGGAAGCUGAAAAUAAACCAAGCCCCAAAGCAGUACGGCUAACUCAGGAGCCCUCGGAAGAUAAUGAAGUUUUUGGAGAGGCAGAUGUGAACCAGAACAAUGGGACCCCCACUAAGAGCACAGCGGUGACAGACUCCAAGGGCACAGCAGACCCAAAGAAUGCCUGGAAGGAGGCCAACCCAGCUGACAUGACUGGUCGUCCCCAUUUGGUCCGCCUCUUUUCCCGAGAUGCCCCAGGGAGAGAAGACAACACCUUCAAAGAUCGGCCCUCUGAAUCAGAUGAGCUACAGACCAUCCAGGAAGACAGUGCAGCAGCUUCUGAGAAUUCGGAUUUGAUGGCUUCACAGAAACGUUCCUCUUUCCGGCACGGAUCCAAACUUGCAACUGCAAGUACCAUAGACCAUGCCAGACAUGGAUCCCCAAGAAGAUACAGGGAACCGGGUCUACUUGACUCACUGGGCAGAUUCUUUGGAGGUGACAAACAUGUUCCCCGGAGGGGCAAGGACUAUCACCAUGCUGCCAGAGCUAGCCAUGUAAGUUCCCUGCCUCAUCCGAGAUCUCAGCAUGGACGGUAUGUGGAUGACAACCCAGUAGUCCACUUCUUCAAGAACAUUGUGUCACCCAGGACAACUCCUCCACUGCAGGCAAAGGGUGGUGAAACUCACAAGCCUGGAUAUGGAAGUGGCAAAUUCUAUGAGCAUAAAUAUGCUCAUAAGGGACACAAGGGAUACCACCAUGAUGGCCAGGGCACACUGUCUAAAAUCUUUAAACUGGGAGGCUCUGGUUCCCGACCUGGCUCCCGGUCCGGCUCUCCCAUUGCUAGGCGCUGAAGCUCUAAGAUGUCACCGAAGGGCUACACUCUCUGCUUCAUAACAUAGCUGCCUUGAAGGUUUAAUAACAAACUGCAGAAUUCCCUAGAUAGAAACACAAUCUAUUUAUUAAUGCCCCGAGUUGUGCAUGCAGUAGACGUAUACAAAAUUGUAUUGGCCAAUUGCUGACCAACAGUUGAAUAAAUGCAAAACAAAAAAAACCCAGCUCCCAAAUUUGCAAUGUAGCUUUUACUUGUCAGCAUUACUUUAGAGAAAGUAACAGAGUUCCCCAUAUUAUUCAUUGUUCUUCAAGGUGUUUCCAAAGAAUAUACAACAUUAAGUCCCUUUCAGAUUUCUUUUUCACUAAAUUUUAAGUAACAACAUAUUGUCCACAGUAACACUGCCAUUAAUGAGCUUUUGAGAACUCUGCUGUAAACAAACAAAAUAAUAAAAACGUGCAGAAGUUGUAAGGACUGUUUAUCCAAAUGUUUUAUUAUUUGGCUUUGAUUUAUUAUGAUUUCAUUUUUUCAGUAUUCCUUUCUCUCACAACUUAUUUUAUUUUUCUAACUGGAUUAGGCAGUCAUGGAAAGGUAUAUCAAACUGGGAGUUCAAGGUAUGUUGAGAUGUGGGAGAAGGCAGCUGUUACUGUUUUAAUGAGACCGAGCAAUGGCAGUAAGGGCUUAUAUGCAUCCUACUAGUGCAUGACCAAAUGCUCGUCACACCCAACAUAUUAGUAAUUACUAGUGGCUGGGAGAGAGAAAAGAGGAUAUCAAACCUGAAUUAGACUAGUUUUACUGCAGAAAAUGUGGGAUAAUCCCAAAGAAAGAAAACCUAGCUUUAGACAUGUGAACAGUGGAUGUCCCUGCAGCUCCACACAGGCACUUGCUGCAAAGUUCUUUUGCAGCUAAAAAGAAAAAAGAGUCUAAUUUCUAAAUGACAGAAAGCCCUUUGGUGAGGAAGUUUCAGAUAGUAUCUGCACACUUAAAGUCAGCAUUUCUAGGUGCCUUGUUAGCGCAGCGGAGUUAAACACCAGAGCAAACUACUCUGUUGGAUUCUAGAUAUUAAAAACUAAUGAACUAGGAAUAGGUGCUAACAUAUAUACUAAGGAAUAACAUGUGGAAAUGGGUCUACCCAACUACAUGGAGAAAGAUGCUCUUCUGAAUUGCACUGUUUUAUAAUAUUCAACUUAUUCUGUCUCUAAGCGACCUUUCUUUACUUAUGCAAUGUUUUCUUUGUGUUAUAUGUUGUAGACACUAUAUUUAAGACUAAGUCAGCACCUUCCUUCAGCUAAGCUAAUGUAUAUCAGGAGUUAUCAGUGUUAAUGCCAACUGACAUAUAGUGGAUGUUGUUGUUGUUAAUGAUAGAUCACUUUAAUCUACCAUAGAUUUCAAGCAACAUUCUUAAUAUGCAGCAAUGAAAGAUGAGAGGGUAGAAAAACACAGAAACUAGACAAAGCAGAAUACCAAAAUUGUUAAGCACACACAAACACACAUUACAUCUUAUUUCAAAACAUUGUUGGCUAUGUGUAUUUUUCUAUGUGUAGCCUCAUCCAAUUGUGUAUUCCACGACAUAAUAGUGAGUUUCAUUUAAGUGUAUUGUU